AUGCCCCUAUCCCGGGUACUGGGGGGGUUCCCUCCCUCCCCCAGCAUCACACUGGAUGGCCCCAAGGCCACCAAGCCCCAGGGUGCCCCCGGUGACCCCGAUGGCCCCCGCCAGGAUUCCCUGUGUGACGGGCACUGCGCCACCAUCAACAACGUGCAGGGCGACCUGGGGGACCUGGGCUUCCACCUCCAACGCCCCCGUGUCCCUCCAGUGAUAUCCACCCCGUCCUGCUGCCAGCAGCACUCGGACGAGGUCUGCGAGAGCUGCGUGGUGAAAACCACCCUGACGGCCGAGAACGCCGUGGAGGCCAACAAGCUCUCCAACAACUACAAGUUUGGCUUCAAGAAGUGGAAGAGCCACGUGACGGCGCGGCCCUGGGAGGACCGGUCGGAGAUUGUCAAGGAGCUCUACUCUGACCUCAACGUCAUCCGGGGGUCUGGAGGGUCCACGGUGACGUGCGGGAACGUCUCCUACCUGCUGCUCUUCGGUUGGUGGCUCUCGCUCCUCUACGUCCUCGUGGCCGCUGUGAUGUUUGUCACCAUCGUGGGGGCUCCUUAUGGGCGGCUCUGCUGGGACCUGGCUGGGUAUUUCCUCUGGCCCUUUGGCAAAGUGAUCCAGAAAGUGGAGCAAGGUGCCAGUGCCCUGGUGUGGCUGUGCCUGGGUUACCCAGCCCUCCUGCUGGCCCACGGGCUGGUGUGUGUCACCUCCUGGCUCCUGGUUGUCCUCAUCCCCGUGGCCAAGCUGAGCGCCCGCGCCGCCGCCCGCGUCCUGCUGCUGCCCCCGCGGAAGGUGCUGGUCAAGCCCCUCAAGAUGGUGGAGGUGCCACUGGAGGGGGAGGUGAUCCUCUGCUGCUACCGCGCCGCCAACCCCUACUACUACAAAUACGCUGUGGAUGGCAUCAACGUCUUCGCCGUCAACCUGCUGCCACUGGUGCUGGUGACGCUGGUGCUGGGCUACGUGGACAGCCAGAACCACCUGACCAGCUCCUCCGUCAAGUUCACCUUGGCCUUGCUCUCCAUCAUGCCCCUCUCCUACUACAUCGGGAUGGCCAUCGCCAGCAUCUCUGCCCAGAGCAACUUCGCCGUGGGAGCGGUGGUGAACGCCACGUUUGGCUCCAUCACUGAGCUGACCUUCUACAUCACGGCCCUCAUCAAGGGCUCCCGCGAGGGCAACCGCUGCUACGCCGAGGUCGUCAAGUCGGCGCUGACGGGGACCCUGGUGGGCUGUGUCCUCUUCGUCCCGGGUCUCUGCAUGGUGAUCGGGGGCAUCCGGCACCAGGAGCAACGGUUCAACAGCCGCUCGGCGGGGGUCAGCUCAGCCCUGCUCUUCCUCUCUGUGGGAGGUGUCUUUGCCCCAACGCUCUUCUCCAAGGUGUACGGGAAGCUGGUGUGCGGCGAGUGCCACAACGUCACCCAGAACCCGCUGGGCCACUACUUGUGUCACAACUGUCACUUUGACCUGAUGGACAACAAUGGCACCCUCUACUACAGCCACGUCCAACCCCUGGUCUACACCGUGUCCCUCCUGCUUCCUGCUGCCUACCUCAUCGGCCUCUUCUUCACCCUGAAGACUCACUCACACAUCUACGACAUCCACAUCAGCGACUGUCACAUGCCUGGUCACCACCACAGUGCUGUGGUCCACUGGUCCCGCUGGCGGGCCCUGGUCAUCCUCUUGCUCUCCACCCUCUGCAUGUCAGCCUGUGCUGACCUGGCCACGGAGCACAUCAGCCCCAUCCUCACCAACUCCACCAUCUCACAGUACUUCAUUGGUGUCACCGUGCUGGCCAUGGUGCCUGAGCUGCCAGAGAUUGUCAAUGGCAUCCAGUUUGCCCUGCAGAACAACCUGAGCUUGAGCAUCGAGAUUGGGAACUGCAUUGCUGUCCAGGUCUGCAUGCUCCAGAUUCCCAUCCUGGUGCUCUUCACCAUCUUCUAUCCGACCAACUUCACGCUCAUCUUCAGUGACCUUCAUGUCUAUGCCAGCAUGUUCAGCGUGGUCCUCAUGAACUACAUCUUCAUGGAUGGCAAAUGUGACUACUUCCAAGGCACGGUGCUGGUGAUGGUCUACUUCAUCCUCCUGGCUGUCUACUUCUUUGCCCCAUCGCCCAGUGGUUGCUGA